AGGAGGCCCAGGCCCGGCGUCUCCGCCCGCGGCCCUGCCGCGCGCCGAGGGGGGCGCCUUCUCUCGCCCCUGCGCGCGCGCGCCGCCCACGGGCUGCGGAUGGACGCGUUCCUGGAGGAGGACCCGCUCGACCGCGUCGGCGGCGGCGACACAGACCCGCUCGGAUCCUCCGCCGGCGCCGGCGCCGGGGGCGCUGGCGGCGACCCAGGCGCCGGCCAACCCGGUCCUCUCUUCAACACGGACGUGGAGACGCUCCUCACGCGGUGGCGCAACGAGAAGUUCGCGCCAGAGCUGCUGCGCUUCGACGCGGAGGUGGUGGAGAACCUCAGCGAGGUCGUGGAGUUUGUCGCGGAGGGCCUCGAGGAGGAGAAGGCCGACGGCGAGAGCGGCGACUCCGGGGGCGGCGGCCCGCACUACCUCCUGCGGUGCAUCGACAUGGAUCGCGUGAAGUACCUUCUGCGCGACUACCUGCGCAUCCGCCUGUGGAAGCUGCGACGGUGGCCACAGCACUACCUGGAGCCGGGCAACCUAGAGCUCUUGAGCAAGGCGGAGCGGACGCUCGUCGUGAAGAACUACUGGGAGCUCAAAAAGCAGUACCUGGAUAACAAGUUCCUGAGCGGCCUGCCGAUUCUCAAGCAGAAGCUGGACGACAAGGUGGACCUUCUUGACAUGAUCCGUCGUCCAG